GAAAUGCACCAUACUGCACCAAUGUCAAACUCGCAUACGUAGCAACCAAAAACAGGAAGUCUCGUGAGGUCCUAAUGUUUGUAACCGUUUCGAAUAGCAGAGAAUCAGCUUUCUGGAGCAAUCUAAAGGUAGCAAGACACAACUGACCAGCUUUCAACAUGCCUGACGUGUUUGCCACUCUUCCUCUGCGAUUUUGUGGUUACGGCUUUGCUUUUGGGGAAUGUGCCAAGUACAACUUCACUUUCCGCACCGUGGACCUGUUGAACUGUAUGGGAGGUGUCUACAUCGUCUGUCACGCUGCCAAGAAUGGCUGGGAUGCUCGAAAUGACAACCCACUUCUGAGAAUUCUGGACACCUUGAUCUUUGAUGGCAUCGCCUCCUGCAUCAUUCCGUGUUUCAUGUGCUACCAUGCCUGCAGGCUGACGGCCAAUCUACUGUCGGAGCUCGACACCUUGCCGCGCUUCAUCUACAAGUGGGGACCCUUUGUUGUCGGCGUGACGCUCCUCUUGAUCCUGUCCAAGAACAUUGAUGAGCUGGUGAACAAAAUUCUGGAUGAGACACUGCGCACUCUGUACUAAGUUCAGCUCGCAGAGGCAGUGUCAAGGGUCUGCAUUGGUCCACUCUCUCAUCACAUCUGUUAGUGCUACGAGCAUCUAAAUGUUUUACACGCAUUGAACUGAUUCUAUCAACAAAAAUAUAAUAACAUGCGGCAAUAAAAUAACAAACCACAAA